GAAAAUCAAUCUGGCACGAGCUGAGAAGCGCAUGAAAAUUUCCUCUUUCUCUCCUAGAGUUGUGAAGAUGUUCAUUUUCAUCGUUUUCGUCUUCGGAAUCUGCUGGCUACCUUACCACGCGUACUUCAUCUACACACAUUUCGAUCGCAAAGUCCUCUACAGCAAAUACGUGCAGCACGUCUACUUGGCAUUCUAUUGGUUCGCCAUGGCUAACGCAAUGGUCAAUCCAUUGAUUUAUUACUGGAUGAACACAAGAUUUCGCAGGUAUUUCCGAAGGGCCAUAUGCUGCUGGAGGAUACUUAUAGAUCGCAACUGGCAAGAUUCGAUGGACAGUCCUACAAACAACGGACAAUCCUUCAUGAAAUCAGGGCUCAGUCGCAGGAGCACAAGGGGAGGCACGGAGCGUAUGAAUACCCUUUCGACGAGGAUUUAUUUUGAUAGGCAACAUCAGCAAAAGCAGCAGUCUUCGCAACAGCAGAAAGACGAGCAACAGGACAGGCGGAAAGCUGACGAAGGGACGAUCGUAUCCAACGGAUCGAUGCGGAAACAAAGGCAUUCCGUUGCAGCUACAGAACUAUAAUAGAUGAUUUAAGAUAAGUAGAUGAUGUUAAUUGAAGAUGGAGAGAGAAUGAAUGGAAAUGGUAUUUAUAUGAUAGUAGAUACACAAAGGUUUAAGUGUGUUAGCUCAUUUAAGAGUUUAUCCGCAAGGUUAAAGAUUUCAGUCUGAAUUUAAGCUUAAUCUAUGUAUUUUUCAUCAUUACUUAAUUAGUUCAAACGAUCUGUAUCAAGAGUAAAA